AUUUGAAAGGUCUUCAUAAUUUCGAUUUUGAGCUGUCGAUUGUUGAUUCUCCACAGGAUGUGACAUAACGGCAGUUAGUUUUUGAUAUGAAUUUACCUAUCGUCGACACGGACAGCAGAUGAAGGCGUGGAUUUAGAUGCUGCAAAGCUGCUGUUCAUUAUAGAGCGCGACUCUUGAUUUAUUUAUUUUUAUGUAAUAUGAUCGAGCUUCAUCUUUGACGGAGAUCUUGCUGUAUGUUCUGCUGCUUUAGAACAAAGUUUUAUAUCAUGCUGUGAUAUACUUAUUUCAUAUCAGUGACAAAUGCGACGACAUAAUAUGUAUCCUCCGAUGGACGGUACAUUUUCUAAUGAUAAUCUUAGUGAUUCGAACAGACCGGAAGACGGCGACGGCAUCAACGAUAGUAUCGCUAUUCUGAUGACUUAUUACGUUCUUGUCAUCGUGAUCGGGAUACCGGGCAAUGCCAUUAUUCUGGCAAUAUACGGUAGGAAGAAACGGAAGACGAGCACGGACGUGUUGAUCAUCGGUCAGGGCAUCGUCGACAUCCUCGCUUGCGCUUUCACCCCCGCUUUCAUCGUCCGCUGUAGUUUUUACUCGUUGGUGACGACUGGCCUUUGCCGCUUCGCCUACCUUGCCGAAACAUCGAGCGCCUUCACGUCGUUGUUCUUCACAACGGUCAUCAGCGUCGACCGGUACCUGGCGGUGUGCCGCCCUCUGCGGCGUCGCCUUACGAAGCGGUCGUCGGUCUUGACGUCGGUGAUCGUCGUCUGCCUCGGCAUCGGCAUCAACAUACCCGGGACGGUAUUCGAGGUUGUUCGCUCAGGAGCUGGAGAUGAUAAAUGUAUCCAGACGAUCUCGUAUACGGCGACGUUGAUAAUGUCGAUCAUAUUCGUGCUCCUAUUCGCGCUGUCAUUGAUGACGAGUUCGAUCAUGUAUGUGAUCAUCUACGCUUUCCUCCAGAAGAGAGUAAAGAUUCACAAUAUACUUGUUGGCAACGAGGUACCCAUCGCUACCAUUCAACCAAUCAAUUGCAAAGAAGCGAAGAGCAUAUCCACUGAUACUUCAAACUCCAGCGUCAAGAUAAACAGUAAGAGCCCCAUUGUCGAGAAUAUAUCAACUGAUAUCGCAUCAAUAAAACCAAACGACCAUCACUAUGACAACCUAACCAACUCUUCUAAUCAAUCUUUUCAAUCGCUGACGCUGUCGAGUACCAGAUCUCCACCAUCAAAGAGAAACAACCCUGAACCUGAUGACAGCACUCAAGCAACCAUUCUUACACCCGAAAAUGCCGAUUCAUCUUCUUUCAUCAACCGCCUUUGUCGCCGUCGUCAACGUCCGAAUCGUCCAUGCGUUUCGAAGUCGAAGGAGUCGGACAUGGGUCGGAAGACAACGCGGAUGUUGCUCGUCAUCACUGUCUAUUUCUUCGUUACAUGGAUGCCCCAGAUCGUCUACAGUGUCCUCCCGAAGAAUGUCCUUAUGACACUCGAUCGAAGUCGAGUUCUUGAUACGACCUUCGACAUCCUCAACUCUCUCCGUCUCACCAACCACAUCGUCAACGUGUUCGUCUAUUCAGUGAUCAACGAUGCAUUUAGGACUUCGUUACGGCAGAUGGUUUCUUGUAGGUGUAAAAAGUAAUAUUAAUAAGAAAAUUGCAAGCAUAUAGUUUUAUUCGAACGUAAUUACGCAUUUAGGACUUCAUUAUGGUAUCUUGUAUCACCCGGGAUGAUGAAACAAAUUUACGGACAUUUUUGUUUGGAAAAAAAUGAAAAAUGUAUCGCUUUGAAACUUUUCUUGUGAUAGUGUAAAUUCUUCGGGAAACAUUUAUAUAUAUUUUCUCAAAAUAAUUUCCAGCAUUAUUCUGAUACCGUUACAUGGUGAUAACUAUACAUCCCCAAACAUGUGCCACACUUUAAACCAUGGUCAUCUAGGUUUAAUCUGUAUAAUAAUUUAUGAAUUGUUACAUUAUACUGUAUAUUCUUUGAUAAACAUUAAUUAAUUUGUAUAGCGCAACUUUUAUAUAGAUAUAUUCAGCUGCGCUUGUUCAGAGCUCGUUUUACUUAUGUCUACACAGUAUAUUUUCUUAUCUAAAGAGAUAUGUUUUUAAUUUUGAUUUGAAAAGAGUCAAGGAUGGAGAGCUUCUUAUCAAUUUAAUACACACAUCCGAGUCGAUGCAAAACGAGUGUCUAUUUUAAACUGGAUGUGGAAUGGUCUUGGUUCUCGCGUGCCUGAGUUUUCACCCAAAAUGUAAGGUCAUUUAGUCAAAAAUACAUGUAUUUAUUAUUUCGAUUGUGAAUGAUGUAUUUUUCUCCAUCAUAAAAGACCAUUAGUAGUAGGGGGACAUUUAAUAUUGUGUCCCCCUACUAUUUUUGGUAGGGGGCGCGUCCCCCUGUCCCCCCUGGGAUGUCCGCCCGUGGCCUGAGGGGACAGACUGAUGAUUGGAGUUCUGGAAAGCCAUUACGUCUAUAUAAUGCAUGAUAAUGUGGAGGGGGCGGGGCAUGCAGGGGCAUGAUGUGCAAAAUCAGGUUGGAGAGGAGAUUUCGCGCUACUACCACUACCUGAUGGUAUGUAAGGACUAGAUUUUUUGAAGAGAUCAAAUAACCUAUAAUACCAUUUGACAGUAAUGAUCAACAUGUGAAACUAAAAAAAAACUACUGUGUAUAUAUAGGCCUAUACGCACUGGCGUACCUAAGGGGGGGGGGGCAGACUGCCCCCCUGACGAGUCACAACUCAUACAGGGGACGUACGCCUGCCCCCUGACGGGACACAACUGAUCCAGGGGACGUUCCCUCCCCCUUUUGAGAAGCAAAAUUAAUAAUUUGUAAUGUAAUGUAAUGUAAAAAAAACCGACGUGUGCCCCCUCUUUUGUACUUGAAGACUUUUUUUUUUUUGGUUGUCAAUUUAUUUUCUGGUACGAAAUCCUUUAUUUGUGGUUGAAGACUUUUUUUUUGCUUGUCAAAUUUGCCCCCCUUUUGGAAAAUCCUGGGUACGCCGCUGCCUAUACGUUUUAGUUUUCAGUGGGGUAUUUUUAUCAUCCGGUAAUAAACGCAUCUAAGUUUCACGGCAGUAUGGUACUGAGCAAGAAGUUGAUUUUUUUUUGCAAAUGAAUUGAAAUGAACCGACUCUUUCUGGAUGAAAUUAAUAAUAAGUGUAUAAAUAAUCAAGUUUGAUGAGAAUCAUAAUAUGUCGAAUAAUUAAUGGAUCCAAUUAUGAAAAUGACAUUUAAGUUCUGUUCUUCACGAAACACAAAUAUUAACAAAACGAUAUUCUUGAACCUAUACUUACACGUACCUGUUCUACAAAUUAUUAAAUCUAGAAAAUUUGCCUGUCUA